GGGUUACUUAAUAAAUGCUCAACACUUGGGUACAAUUGCGUGCCAGCCGUUGGUUCGGCAAAAUCUCUGGCACAACGUUCGAUCAAGUGUAAACAUCGCUGUGAAUACGGAGCCGGCUCGUUGGAAUCAAAGACAUGGGAUCGAAAGGAACGGAUCUCUCGGACGUGGCGCGAAUCGAGAACGUCCAGGAUCAUCCGAUCGACCUGUUCAGGAUAUGGCACGACGAGGUACGAAGAUACAAACCGAGGGAACCGGAUGUCUGUUGCUUGGCGACUGUUUCAAAAGACUGCGAGGUGUCCGCGAGGAACGUCGUUCUUCGAGAGUUCGAUAACGACGGCUUUGUCAUCGUGACGGACAGCCGUAGCAAGAAAUCCGAUAAUAUAGAAAACGUCCCUCAGGUGGCCAUGUGUUACCUGUGGUGUCACGUGAACGACAAGGAGCAGAAUAUCGCCAGACAGGUCAGGGUGGAAGGGACCAUGAAGAGGUUGGAGCAGGGAGAUUUCCAGCAUUUGUACAACAGGGAGCCGUUGUUCUGUAAAAUUCGUUCACACUUGUGCCAUCAAGGACGAGAAGUGAAUUGGGAGGAGCACAAGCAACGACACGACGAGAUAUUGGAUUCAGUUCGAAGAAACGAAACCACUUUACCGAUGCCGGAUCAUUUCGUUGGCUACAAGUUAUACCCGACGAUGAUGGAAUUUUAUUAUGCGAGGGAUCACCUUAUAGGCGAUCGAAUAAUGUACCGGAAGGAUGAGUCGAAUGGUUCGUGGGAACAUCAUCGCAUAGCUGCAUAGGGUACACUGUACACGUACACGAUCAAUAAUAAAGGUCUUCCAAAAAUUUUAUUCGUUCCUUAAGGGGGGUUUCUGCUUUGUUUGGUCAGAAAACAAGUAAUAUUCUUUACGGGCAUGUGAAACAAAAAUGACGGCGAGGAUCGUCUGAAACACAACAUUCUAAAAGAUUCAUAAUCUACAUGACUGUGUUUAUUUUUAAAAAUAUGUGAAAGUAGAAACGUGAAAGUAGCUUUUAGUGUGGUCGAACACUCAUUGUUUUCUGAUCAGAUAUAGACAGAAUUUUAUUCGAAUACCAGAAAGCGUAUGAACACUGUGUAUACUGCCUUAUUCGUUAAGUUUAUUCGAAUGAAUUGUUAGUGGCCUAACGUCGAACGAAAGUUGAUUGUACAUAUAAUUCAAGUUGUAAUUUUGUAUCGAAGAAGAAAACACAUUACAAGUUUAUAUUUUAUCCGUUAUUCGCUACUUUGGUGUAGAUGGGCAUUUUGCCAUCCGAGCCAUAUACAAAUAAAAGCAGUUUCAACUGUU